AUGAGUGAAGACGUUAUCAAUGCUAACCCAACGGUUAUCGAUGUUAGUGACUUACCUACCAGGUUAAUCACCAAACCCAAAAAGAAUGAAUUCCUUGAAGAUAUAUCAUCUCUUUCAUUAAGUGAACCGGAGUUAUCCGAUAUGGAAACUGAUGAAGAUAAUGAAGAUAUUGAUGCACAAGAAAUUUUUGAUUUAUUAGCCACUAUGUCAGAUCCUGAACAUCCAUUAACUUUAGCUCAAUUGGCUAUUGUAAAUUUACCUGAUAUUCAUGUGAAAAACAUCGAAAAUGGAUUAUCUGAGGUUUUAAUCAAGAUCACUCCUACUAUUACUCAUUGUUCAUUAGCUACAUUAAUCGGUUUAGGUAUCAGAGUAAGAUUAGAAAGAUGUUUACCACCAAGAUUCAGAAUAAGAAUUUUCUUAAAAGAAGGAACUCAUCAAAGUGAAAAUCAAGUCAAUAAACAAUUAAACGAUAAAGAAAGAGUAGCAGCAGCUUGUGAGAAUGAACAAUUAUUAAGUGUUAUACUGCAAAUGUUAAGUACUUGUAAAUAA